GUAGUUAAAUAGGAACAAUCUUUCCCCCAAGUGGUUCCUCUUGAGGGGAACAUUUCUGCUGGCUCCAGGACUUUUUGGCCAUCUAUAAAGCUUCACAAUGGAAAAUUAAGAAAUUCUCAAGGAGGACGAGUUCUUGGCUCGCACUGGAGAAAGAGAAACUAUCAACCCAACCAUGUUCCCUGCUAUGGAGACCUUUGAAAUCAACGAUCCGAAGUCCAGGAAGAGAAAGGCGGUUAACUGCUUCACGGUCAUGGUGGCCAUCUACCUGGUUCUCCUCACCGCAGGUGCCGGGCUGCUGGUGGUAAAAGUUCUGAAUCUUCAGGAGCGGCUCUGGGCCCUGGAGAUGCACUUCACCAAUGGAUCGCUGGCCGCCGAGGACAGCUCAUCCUUCUCUCUGCCCCAGUCAAUGCCCAUCCCGUACCUCCUGCAAGUCUUACAGGCCCAGAUCACCCAGGUCCACACCAGGCAGGAGCAUCUGCUGCGGAAGGUGGACAACUUCACUCGAAACCCAGAGCUAUUCGGGAUCAAAGGGGGACGAGGCGCUCCAGGCCUCCCGGGACUCCAAGGCCCGCCUGGAAUCAAGGGAGAGGCAGGUCUCCAAGGACCCAGCGGCGCUCCAGGGAAACAAGGAGCCCCUGGCACCCCAGGACGGCAAGGAGAGAAGGGCAGCAAAGGUGAUGGGGGACUCGUUGGCCUGAAAGGCGAACCUGGGGCUAAAGGAGACAAAGGAGACCUGGGCCUCCCAGGAAGCAAGGGAGACAUGGGCAUGAAAGGAGAUACAGGGGUCAUGGGGCCCCCCGGAGCCCAGGGGAGCAAAGGUGACUCAGGGAAGCCAGGCCCCCCAGGUGCGGCUGGAUCUCCUGGAAUGAAAGGAGACCAAGGGCAACCUGGAGCGCAGGGUCUUCCCGGCUCUCCGGGCGCAGCGGGAUCCCCAGGUGCCAAGGGUGAGCCCGGCAGCGCUGGGCCCCCCGGACUGACAGGACCACCAGGGAUACCCGGGACGCCAGGAGCCGACGGCAUGAAGGGAAGCAAGGGGGACUCAGGACUUCAAGGACAGAAAGGAACAAAAGGAGAAUCAGGAUUUCCAGGCCCUGCAGGCAUGAAGGGAAGCCAGGGAAGCCCAGGCCUGGCAGGCCUCAAGGGUGCGCCGGGACUAAAAGGCCAAAAGGGAGAGCCAGGAGCGAAAGGAUCCUCUGGACAGCAAGGAAUACAGGGACAAAAAGGUGAAAAAGGUGAAUCCCUGGUGUCCGUCAGGAUUAUCGGCACUAGCAGCCGAGGCCGGGCUGAAGUUUACUAUAACGGCAUCUGGGGGACAAUUUGUGACGACGACUGGGACCAUUCAGAUGCCACUGUCUUCUGCCGCAUGCUGGGCUACUCCAGGGGAACGGCCCUUGUCAAUGUGACACCUGGCACUGGGCAGAUCUGGCUGGAUAACGUUGCAUGUCAAGGGACAGAAGGGACCCUGUGGAAUUGCAACAAGAAUAGCUGGGGCUCUCACAACUGCAACCACAACGAGGAUGCAGGCGUGGAAUGCAGCUGACCCCCCACAGCCCCUCCACUUCCGCUCCCAAAGUGUUUGCAGGCAUGGACACUCAGCUCACCUGGGGGAGGGCCACUGCUCUCCGAGGGGUCCCUCUGGGGUGGGGUCACUAAUAAAGCUCAAAGCACUAGCUGGUAA